GAUUGGCUGUUCGUACCGUCGGUCUGCUUUCCUGUGUUCUCGGGUCUCACAGGUUGAUGGAGACAGUUGGAGCGGUGAGGAGUUGGUCCGGAUGGAGACGACGGGGGAAAGUACUUUGACCCGGUUCUGCUGAAGACUUUCACUGUUUUCUCAUCGGAUAUUUUAUAUUUUCUAACUUUCUAGCGUUUUUUUUUAUCUCUUUACGGCCGGAUUUGUGUUUCCUUGGCAACAAAAUCAACUAUCCGAGCGAAGUUUGGAUCAAGUGUUUGCCACCAUCCGCAAUAGAAACGCUUUCAUUUAGCGGCGAAACUAACCGAACCGACUCCAGAACUAUAGAAAAACCUCCGUGAGGGAGGUUCCGACCCGGUCCAGCUGGUUUUUAUCCGCCUUUUCUCCACUUGUCGGACUUACCGAGGGACCCGGACAGACAAUAGCAGCUACUGCGGCUCUCGCGCGCAGGGCGGGGGGAGGGGGGGCGCAGGGGGGCCCAUGCUUUGAUCCGGAUCGAUCGCUGGAUUGAUGACUUAUUGGUGACCAAGCAUGGACGUGACCCUGUCCGAGCUGCUGGCCUCCUUCAUGGAGUCUCCGCUGGUGCUGUGGGUGCGCAUGCUGGGUCCGCUGGGCUCCGAGGAGCGGGUUGCCAUGUUCAUGGAGCUGGUGGACGGCGUCUUCCUGCAUAAGGUCAUGACCCACAUCGACCCCAAACCCACCAAUCAGAGGCUGAACAAGAACGUGAACAACGACGCGUCGCUGCGCCUCUACAACCUCACGGUUCUGACCCGGCACAUCAGAACCUACUACCAGGAGACGCUGCAGCAGCUGGUAGUGAUGCCGCCUCCCAACAUCCUGCUCAUCGCUAACGACCCCAUGUCAGUGGGGAGCAUGGAGGAGCUGAAGCGCCUGCUGCUGCUGCUGUUGGGCUGCGCCGUGCAGAGCGAGCGCAAGGAGGAGAUGAUCGACAAGAUCAAGCUGCUGGACAUCCAGACGCAGGCCGCCAUCGUCUCUCACAUCCAGGAGGUCACUCACAACCCGCUGAACGUCCUGGAUCUGUCCUGGUUGGACGAUGGAGCCGAGCUCGUCCCCGAGGAGCUGGAGCCGCUGUCCCGCCACAUGGCCGCGUCCCUACGGCAACUCAUCGACCAGCGAGACAAAGCCACGGAGGCGAUCCUGGACCUCACCCUGGAGAGGGACUACCUGUCCGACCGACGGCCCCCGGAGGGAGGCGGGACGCCGGGCCGGCCGGCCGGAACCGAGCCGACCCAGGAGGAGAAGCAGCACCUGGCCGUGGAGCUGGCCGACGCCAAGGCCAAGCUGCGCCGCUACCGGCAGGAGCUGGAGGAAAAAACAGAACAGCUGAUGGAUUCAAAACAUGAGGCGGAGCGUCUGGAUCAGGAGCUGCAGAAACUCAAGCAAGAGAACCAGUCGCUGUCCUGCGAGGCCCGUUCGGUCCGAGCGUACCGGGACGAGGUAGAUGCCAUGAGGGAGCGAGCGGCGCGGGUGGACCGUCUGGAGGCGGAGCUUAGCCGCUGCAAGGAGCGGCUCAACGACGUUCACUUCUACAAGACCCGGAUGGAGGAGCUGCGAGACGACAACACGACGCUGCUGGAGACCAAGGUUUUGUUGGAGGAGCAGCUGGCGGCCGCCAGGGGGCGCUGCGACAAGCUGCACACGCUGGAGAAGGAUAACCUGCUGCUGCGCUCCAAGAUCCACGACCUGGAGAUGGAGCGCGAGGCAGAGCGGCGCCGGCUGGAGGAACUGCUGGAGGAGAACCUGCUGCUAGAACUGGGCCAAAAGCAGAGCAUGAACGAGUCGGCCCAUCUGGGCUGGGAGCUGGAACAGCUCGCCAAGAACCACGACGGCCCCACCUCGGAGAGUCGCAAGUCUCUGGUCCACGAGCUCAACGAGGGCGUCUCCAGCCGGGUUCUGAAGCUGGAGAAGGAGAACCGGGAGCUGCAGGCCUCCAUAGAGACACUGAAGGAGGAGAACCAGCUCCUGCAGGAGCAGCAGCUGCAUACACAGGAGCUGGACCGGGAGAACCACAGCCUGAGCAACAAGCUGGAGCAUCUCCAGGUUCUGCUGGACCAGGAGAAACUGACCAAUCAGGACAUGGAGACUCUGGGGGAGGAGCUCCUGAAGGAGAAGCAGAGUCUGGAGCGAGAGAUGCACGCUCUGCGGGCCGACAAGGACCGCCAGAUCUCAGAGCUGCAGAGCGAGCAGCAGCACCUGUCGGAGGCGGUGAAGGCCCUCCAGGAGCGCGCUCAGUCCAGCAGCGAGGCCCGAGUCCGGGAGGCAGAGGCCAAGAACCGCCUGCUGCACCAGAGCGUCACGGACGCCGGCUCGCGGCUGGCCAGCCUGGAGGCGCAGUUGAAGGUGGUGAGCGAGGAGGCGGAGUGUCUGAGGGAGCGGGCGGGGCGCUGCGAGGAGGCGCAGAGGGAGGCGGCCCGUCUGGAGCGAAGCAGGGAGGCUCUGACCCAAGAGGUGGCGACGCUGCGCUUAUGCAGUCAGCACACGGAGGCCCUGGAGAGGCAGGUAACCUCCCUGCAGCAGGAGGCGCUCCGCCUUAGGCGGGAUGCCGAGGAGGCCCAGAAAGAGCUGCAGCGGCUGGCCCAGCAGGAGGCACAGAACAGCCUGCUGUCCAUGGAGAAUCUGGAGCUCCGCCGCUCCGUGGAGAACCUGCGCUCCUCCUCCGCCCGCCUGCCCACACUGGAGGAAGAGCUGCAGGAGGCGCGGAGGGAGACCCAGCAGGCCCAGAGGAGUCUGGAGGAGGUCUGGGAGGAAGCACAGGGAGAGAGGAAAAGGGCAGAAAGGCUGGAGCUGAACCUGUUGGCUCUGAACCAGGAGAAACAACAUCUACAGGAGCAGCUGGAGAGGAGCAGGGAGGAGAAGCUGGAGGCGGACGGGAGGGCCAGGGAGAACCAGAGAAGGGAGGAGGAGCUGAAGGAGGAGCGCAGAAGAAGAGAGGAGGCAGAAGAGGAGAGGAGGAAGCUUCAGUUAGAUCUGGAACAAGCAGAGAGGAGUCGCAAGCAGCUGGAGAAGGAGAACCUGAGGAUCCGAACGCUGCAGGAGGCCAAGGCGCUAGAGCUGGAGGAGACAGCCAGCCUGGCUGCCUCCUCUCUGAAGGAGGCCACAGCCCUGAAGAGGGAGCUGGAGAGGCUGGAGGAGGCGUCAGCUAAAGCCAAGGAGCUAGAGCGGGAGAACAAGGAGCUGCAGAAGGAGACUACCAUCGACAAGAAGACCCUGGACACCCUGAGGGAGGAGCUGGUAUCUGCAAAGCUGAAGGCCCAGCAGCAGAACCUGGAGCAGGAGAGACUUGAUGAGGAGCUGGAGAGGAUUGGACUGAGCCGGGAGAAGCUGCUGCAGCAGGAGCAGACACUGGAGGACAGCAGGUGGCCCGACCCGAACGUCCAUCGGACCCUGAAGGAGGAGAUCAGCGGCCUGGAGAGGAAGCUGGAGGAGAGCAACGCCCUGAACGAGUCCCUGCGCCGCCAACUGACCACCCAGCAGAAGGACAGCUCCCAGCAUGCCUCGGUGCUCGGCGCCGCUCCACAGCUGCUGCGCUUCCAGGAUCAUCUGAUCGCCGUGGAGAAGAGCAACGCCUCCCUGCAGACGGAGAGCAGCUUGCUGAAGGAGCAGCUGAAGCAGCUGGAGAACCAGAACAGUUCCCUCAACAGCCAGAUGGCGGCGCUGCAGCGCCACGCCUCCACCCUGCAGGAGCACAACGCCGGCCUGCACACCCAGACCGCCAAGCUGCAGGUGGACAUCUCAGCCGUGUCCUCGCAGAGCGCUUCCCUCAUGGCCCAGAAUGCCGUGCUGCAGGGCCAGGUGGGGGCCCUGGAGGCCGAGGCGGAGUCGUGGCAGCGACAGCGCGACGAGGCGUGGCGCGCCCGCGAGAGCGCGCUCGCCGACCAUGAACGCCUGCUGAGCGUCCACGAGAGGCAGGCGCACGAGUACGAGCAGCUGAUCAGCCAGCACGCAGCGCUGAAGGGCCAGCAGAGGGCGCUGGAGGGCGAGCACCGGGCGCUGCACAGCAAAUACCAGGCUCUCCUGCAGCUGAAGGACCGGUGGGAGGAGCAGCAGGAGGCGCAGCAGCUGAAGCAGGAAGUCCAGAAGAACAGACUGCUCCAGCAGGAGAACCUGCAGCUGAAGUCUGAAGUGGACCGAUUUACCCAGAACCAGAACCAGCAUGCCGAGCAGAACCAGAACCUCCAGAAGCGACUUAACGAGCUGAAGAACUCUUUAAGCUCAGCUCAGCAGGAAGUGAGCCAAUGGACGUCCCGGUACGACUCGCUGGUGGACCAGAACCAGAACCUGGACCUCUCCAUGACCAAACUGGAGAACCACUGUGAGCUGCUGAGCCGCCUGAAGGGGAACCUGGAGGAGGAGAACCACCACCUGCUGAGCCAGAUCCACCUGCUGGGUCAGCAGAACCAGACGCUGCUGGAGCGCAGCCUGGAGAGCAAGGAGCAGUUCCACCAGGAGCACAAGCUCUACAUAGACAAGCUGAACGCGCUGCGGCGACAGAAGGAGAAGCUGGAGGAGAAGAUCAUGGACCAGUACAAGUUCUACGACCCGACACCCAAAAAGAGGAGCCAGUGGUCCGGAGCCAGAGCUCUGGUUAAGCUCAUCAAGCCCAGGAAGGAGAACGGCCAGGACCAGAACCGGGAGCGGACCCGGAGCGCUCCGGACAUCCCUCUGCCGGCCACGCCGCCCCCCAUCCCCCCGGAGGCCCCGCCCCCCGCCCCAGGAAGUGACUCGCUCAGUAACCUUAGCAACCGCAGCGGCAGCCCAGGCCGGACCGCCCCCCCCAGCCGAGGCCCGGCCGAGCACGGCGUCCAUCGCAGCGGGAGCGACGGCGCCAACGGAGACGAAGCCGACGGUCCGAUCCACAAGAACUGCCCGAGUUCCACUCCGAACCGGGCCUCCGGAACCGGCACGGCGGCGACCCGCAGAACCAGAACACGCUGCGUUCCUGACCCAGACAUCGUCUUUGGAGGUCGACCCGGUUCUGGAGACUUCAGCCACAACACUUCUGGUUCCAGUUCCCCCAUCACCUGUAGAGAUGCCUUCGAUCGCCCUCGGCACUUGACCAGCCUGUCCAGUGAUGAUGUCAUGCUCCUCAGCCAAUCACAGCAGAGCCUGUCGCGGAGCUCUACCAUCCCUUAUGACCACGCCCCCCAGAGGGCCCAACCGCAGCGAGGAGGCGGGGCCAGGACUAAGCCCCGCCCAGGUUCUCCAGGAAGUGAGAUGGUGACACUGGAGGAGUUCCUGGAGGAGAGCAACCUGCUGUCUCCGCCCCUGCUGUCCACCGGAGGCGCUGACGAGUUGAUGGCGGACUAUUUCAGCCGAAGCCCCGCCCCCUCCGCUGUGUCUGCCAGGGAUCGGGCCACGCCCACCAGCUACGUCUCUCCCACCGUCCACGCGGCCAAUCAGAGGCCGGGUCAGAGCGUGAAGCCUUCCCCUCGACAGCCGGUCGGCCAAUCGCUGAGCAGGACCUUCAGCCUGGCGUCCGCCGACCUGCUGCGGUCCCAGGGACCCGAUGGUUACCGUGGAAACGAGGCAGAGGGGGGGGCGGCGCGGCGCGGAGGCGGGGUCCGUGGCGAGCGCCCCCUGUCUGCCCGGUUCGCCGCCACGGACCUCCAGAGUCCUGCCGUCCGCCAUUCGCCGUCCCUCGACCUGCAGACGGAGCGGGGGCGGAGCCGCCGCGGAGAGGUCGCCAUGGUGACCCCCGUCAGGGCCGCUGCUCCCGAGGGAGGCGGCGCGCCGCCGGAGCCACGGCCCUCUGACUCCGCCCACCCAAACAAAGACGGCGGCUCCUCGGAGCGAGCCGAAAGCACGCCGGCGUCUCCGGACCCCAACAACGACCCGCAGACCGUCUGGUACGAGUACGGCUGCGUCUGAACCGGACCGGGUCAGAACACAUCCCGGAACAGGACUGGACUCGCUCACACCCUGGUUCUGAUGGGCUCUGCUGGUUCCGGCAGGUUGACUGCUGGGAAGCGGCCCAGAACAUUCCGGCCCGGGUAAACAGAACCGCCCAGUAAUUACAGCCUUCCUCCAUGUUUAGCCGCCGUCCCAGAAUGCAUCAUUCUGACACAUUCCGGGAAGCAGAACCGUUGGGUCCGACCCAAAACCACUGAGCGUGGGCUGAGGCCCGGCCCAGACGGCUGAGGUUCCGCUGGGCCUCCAGAACCGGCUGCAGAAACCGGACCUCUGUUAACACAACCUGAGCUCUGGUCCGUUCAGGAACUGGACCUCUGGUUCUGGUUCCAUUAGAACCCAGAGAAACAGAACUGUUUCCACAUAGACACCAGCAAGAAACCCGCUCCAUAUCUGAACCUCCAGAACCAUCAGUCGGCCUAACCGGGUUUCCCCAGAAUGUUCCACUCAGUCUGGUUCUGACCCGGUCCAGCGUCUAGACCAGGAAUACAGAGAAAUGCGUCGUAAAGAUCCGGUACAGAACCCAACAGAACUUGUUGAGCACAGGAUCCAGGAAGUCUGGUUCCGGUCCAUAUUUUCUCUCCAGAUCUCCUGAGCAGAACUUGGUUCUGCUCAGGAGAUCUGGUUUCUGGAGGAGAGUCCAGAACCGUAAAUGUUCUGGUUCUGAUCAGCUGGUUUUCCUUUAACAGAUGACGAUGAUGAUGAUGAUGAUGAUGAUGAUGAUGAUGAUGAUGAUGAUGAAGAAACACUGAACCGGACCGGUUCUGGAAUGUUUUCUGUAAAUUAUUCUGUAACUUUUGUAAAUUUUUAGUAGUCGUAAAUAUUGGAGCCAGAACCCGGCCGGGUCCAGAGGUUCUGCUGUGGUUCUGGUAGAACCGGUUUGGUUCUGGCUGCACUUUGUUCUGUUGCUGUGAUGUGAUGACUGCUGAAAAUGGACCUCUGGUUCUGGUUCUGCUGGACUCAGUAGAAUAAAGAUUUCUAAACUGAA